AUGGACUAUGAGGAGCAACCAAGUAAAGUGGACUUGUUCACACUGGCAAAGAGAAGAUUGAGAGGCAACAUGAUUACUGUCUUUAACAUUCUGAAGGGACUAGACAACAUAGAUCAUGACAGGGGGCCCCGGACGGGCCGUCUGCUGGUGCUGCUGCUGGUGCUGUGCCUGUGGCUGUGCGCGGCAGUGGUGCACGGCAGCGGGGAGUACUGUCACGGUUGGUUGGACACUCAGGGCAGUUGGCACGAAGGCGUCCAGUGCCCCGAGCGCUUCGACGCGGGCUCGGCCACCAUCUGCUGCGGCUCCUGCUCACUGCGCUACUGCUGCUCCAGCACCGACGCCAGACUGGACCAGGGGCUCUGCCACAACGACCUGCCCUCCGGCAGCGGCGAGGACCAGCCCGGCAGCCACGGCAAGGGGGGCGGCAACUCCCCGGCAGAGCCAAUCUAUGUGCCUUUCCUGAUUGUGGGCUCAGUGUUUGUAGCCUUUGUCAUUGUGGGAUCCUUCGUGGCCGCUUGCUGCUGUAGGUGCCUGAAGCCCAAACAGGAGCCUCAACAGAGCCGAGCUCCGACAGGAAGCCGCCUGAUGGAGACCAUCCCUAUGAUCUCGAGCUCCGGCAAUCCCAGAGGAUCGUCGUCGCGCCAGUCCAGCACUGCUGCCAGCUCCAGUUCUAGCGCCAACUCGGGGGCCAGGGGACCCCCUCCAAGAACACAGAACACCUGCUGUCUGCCAGCAGAAGGGACGAUGAAUAAUAUAUACUUGAAUAUGCCGCCUAAUUUUUCAGUGAUGAACUGUCAGCAGGCAGCCCAGAUUCUGCCACAUCAGGCUCAGUUUUUACACCCUCAAUAUUUGGGAUAUGCUGUUCCACAUGACUCUUUGGCAAUGACCUCUACUGCUCCCUACCUGGAAGGAUUGCAGAACGGAUACCGACCAAUGCAGUCCCCCUUCCCUCACGGCAACGGGAACGCCGAACAGAUGGGGGAAUAUCAAAAUUGUUCGUUGCAGUCUCUAAUGGAAUCCAACUUGCAACAAAUCCCACCAAAAGAAAUCAUCCUGACUCUGGACUGAGAUCCUGUUCACAAAGCUGGUGAGAUGACAAUACCUAUUCGUGUGAAGUAUGAAAUCUCUUCAGCCACAGUACUCCCCACACCCCCAUCCCAGAAACAUGCAUUUCAUCCAUGUGUCCCUCUCUCAGUUGAAACUCUUUGUUACAGCUUCUUUUGUAAUAUAGAAAUAUAAAUUUUUAGUGUGUCGGGACCUUGCAAGCAAACGCGAGACUGAAUUGUUCAGAGUACUUUGCUGUGUCCAAGGCUGCUGCUGUACACAUUCUGUAUUAUGUUAAGUAUAUCGCAAAACACAGUUGUAAUAUCCUCAAAGAGCAUUUACCUUUAAGAAGUGUUUUUCAAUACAAUUUUAAAUGGAUUAAAACUAUGUUUAGCUGUCCAUUUCUGAAAAGACAGUAGGUUCGAGGGUUAAGAAAAUGAAUUACGGUCUGUGUGGUUGUUAAAAAAAGAGAAUAAUGAGAUAUUUGUAAUGGAGAUAGAGAUGGAAUAAAUAAUGCGCCUUGC